AUGUGGGACGACGAGGACAACAACCCAUAUGGAUCAUUCCACCGUCGCGACUCGGAGAACAGCGACAUUCAGUCGCCCACAGAGCGAGGAUUUAACCGCCCAUCAACCCCACCAUCUGGACACUCCUCGCCAGCCUUAGCUCCAGCCUUUAUAUCGCGGCCAAGCGACCUGAGCGACGAAGAGCUUGACGAUGACCGGCCUACAGGUGCGAAGGUACAACCGAAGGAGGGCGGCUACGAUAGCAGGAUAGAGCAGAUUCUCUACGAGCACCCCGACCUAGACAUCCAGAUUGUCCAUGCUGGCAAGAAUACCGAAGGUGGAGGGGGAUUCAUUACGUAUACGAUUCGCACAGGAGAGAUCGAAGUGCGGCGACGGUACUCAGAGUUCGCGUCUCUGCGACAGACUUUGGUCAGUCUGCAUCCGACAUUGGUCAUCCCCCCAAUACCAGAGAAGCACAGCAUAGCCGACUACGCUGCGAAGCCUACGAAAGCAAAGGAAGAUGCGGGCAUAAUAGAGCUGCGGCAACGCAUGCUGACGACCUUUUUGAAUCGCUGCAGGCGCAUGAAAGCGGUGCGAGAGGACGGUGUAUGGUGGAGGUUCUUGGAUCCCAACGUGAGCUGGAACGAGGUGCUUCACUCUCACCCAGCUGCCAGUGUGCCCAAGAACAACUUGAAGGCACCGCCGCUCGACCCGGCGAAUCCAACUCAAGCACACCAAUGGCUUCCAAUUCCAGCUUCAAAUGCAAAGCUGCGAUCAGCAUCUGGCUCCUCGGCUUCCGGCACACCUACAUCACCUCCGCGAGCAUCAGCAUUCCCAUCGGCAGCUGCACAUAGCACGCCCGAUGUUCAAUUUGCGCGUUUUCCACCACUCAAUCAGACUUUGAGCGAGAGCGAGCUUGACCCCUACUUCUCAUCUUUUGAGAACAGCUCAAAAGAGCUGGAGACACUUCUCACUGGAUCUAUGGAGAAAGUCAAUGCGCGACUGCUACGGCAUAUGGCCAGUCUCGGAGAGGACUUGAUGGAUCUUGGCGCCCGCUAUAACGCCUUCUCCUUGUCAGAACAAUCACAAAGCGUGGCUAUGGCGAUAGAGAAGGCAGGUCAAGCAUGCGACUUUACAUAUAUCCAGUCGCGCGAUCUUUCUCACGCGCUGAGUGCAGGCUUCGCCGAGCCGAUGCGCGAAAGCGCACAAUUCGCAAGUGUUGUGCGAAGCGUGCUCAAAUAUCGUGUCAUGAAGCGGGUGCAGGAGGAAAUGACUAGAGAUGAGCUUGAGAAGAAGAAGUCAAGACUUGAGCAACUUGAGCGCAGCGAACUCGAGGCCAAACGAAUAGAGCAGUACAUGACCUCUUCUGGAAUCAACACGGCACAGUACACGCCGCAGAGGAGUACGAGCCGCGGCGGUAACAGAAAUCGACCAGGAUCGAGCGAUGGCGACAACGCGUCCGUGGACAGCGAUUUCCCUCCAGGUCAAGGACAUAAUGUUCCGAGUGCGGAACAAGGCGGCCCUCAAGAUAAUUCGUACUCUGUCCCGCCACAGUCACCACCGAAUGGUGGCCACAGAAGAGGGCCCAGCGGCGUCGCCAACAAGCUUUUCGGUCGCUUGACACAUGCCAUUCAGGGAGUCACCGACCAAGAUCCGGAGCGCGCAAGAAGAGAUGAUCUAGGCAAGACGAAGGAGAGCCUUGUGCAGCUCGAGCAGGCCCUUGAAGUGUCGCAACGAGAUGUGAAGGACGCCAGCUCGGGAGUCUUGCAAGAUCUGCGAAGAUUCCAGGGUCAGAAGGAGGAGGACUUGCGCAUGUAUAUGAUGAGCUUUGCAAAAUCGCAUAUUGAAUGGUCGAAGAAGAGUUUGGACGAGUGGGGAAAGGCCAAGCAAGAGAUUAAUAAGAUCGAGGUCCGGUGA